GUUUUAGCUGAAUGUUUUGUUGGUUUAAGGACACAUUCCACACUCUGAGCUUUGACCUUCGCUCUUUUUCCACUUGUUAUUGAUUAAACUCUUCUGUAGCUCCUAUAACACAUUCUAACUGGGUAAUCUUCCUACACUGCAUGCGGCUCUCAUUAUUUUGUUUAUUGCUUUGUAACUUUCAUCUUUUAUAUUUUUCCUUUUUCCAAGAACCAAAAGGGGAUUACAUAUAAAAUUGACCACAUGUGUUCAGUGUGAAGUAAGACUGUAAGGCAGCAGCUUUUCCAGAGGCCCAAUGACCACACCAGGCUCAUCUCUGAGUGUGUUUGCCCUGCGUCUGGGCCCAGGACAGGAGUUGCUCUCCUCUCUGCAGGCAUUUGUAGAGGAGAAGCAGCUCAAAGCUCCAUUCAUCAUCACAUGCGUGGGCAGCGUGACAAAGGCAACACUUCGACUGGCCAAUGCAACAGCAGACAACACCAAUCAGGUGAUUCGGGUUCAGGAACGCUUUGAGAUUGUGUCUCUGGUAGGCACACUAAACCCCGAAGCUCAUCUGCACAUCUGCCUGGCUGAUAAGGAGGGUCGGACCAUCGGCGGUCAUGUGCUGGGUGACCUGGAAGUGUUCACUACAGCAGAAGUGAUUCUUGGGGAAGCCACUGAUCUGUACUUUACCAGAGAGAUGGAUAGUAGGACUGGCUUUCCUGAGCUGGUCAUUCAAAAGCGUCUGGAGCAGACAUAACCCAUUUUAGUGCACUACUGAGAAUGAUGUGUGUGUACAGGAUGUUUAGCUAUAAUUCCAUGUAAUACAAGGACCUCUUGUAUUAUAAACUGCCAUAAAUCUUCAUUUUAAAUAGUGUAUUCUUAAAUAUCAAGCAUUAACUGAAGGAUUUUAGUGAACAGUUACAUGAAUUAAGGUUUGGGGAAUGUUUUUAAAAGUGUAUUUUGGGGUUCUCGAGUGAACAGAAAAGGGUUCACCCUAACUGAGUUCAAAUCCUAACAAUGACUUCUCAAAAAUGAAUAGAUUGAAAUGACGAUUAGGCCGUCAGGUGAUAGAGUGAUUGGGCACCAUGAAAAGGAAUGGAAUGGAAAGGAGAUGGAAACAGGUGGUGCACUUAUGAAAUGAGAGAAAGUGACAGGGUGAAUCAACACAGUAUUACACAGUAUAAUAUUUUAUUACUGCAAUGCAAUAAAGACAUGAUUGUAUAAUGA